AUGAGGACUAUAUAUCUCUGCAAAAGUCUCAUCUCACUCUCUCUCAAUAAUUCUUCAUAUCUCAACAAAACACCAAUCUCUCUUUUCUCUCUCCUCUUCUCCUCUUCCUCUCCGAAAAGCCCCAAUGCGGUGGCUGAUUACUUGAUUGAGAGACACAAAAUUUCUCCUGAAACUGCUUCGAAAAUCUCUUCCUCUCCAAGAAGCCCCAGUCUGAAAAGGCCUGAAAAGAUCGAUUCGAUUCUGUCAUUUCUCGAGGAAAGUGGUUUUUCGGAUACCAAUCUCGAGCGUGUCAUCAAACACGCGCCUCACCUUCUCUCUGCAAAUCUUGAGCUUUCCAUCAAACCCAAAUUCAAGUUUUUUCAAGAAUUGGGUAUUUCUUCUAGCGAUAUUGUGAAAAUUGUUUCGUCUGACCCUCUGCUUCUAACUCGUAGCGUUGAUAGUCGGCUGGCCCCAUCGAUUUUAGCAUUGAAGAGUGUUUUGGGUUCGAAUAUGGAUGAUGUGUCUAGGGUUUUAAAGAGAUCCGGACAGUUUUCGAGGUAUGAUUUGGCGAAAACUAUGAUACCCAAUAUUGAAUUUAUUAUGAAGAGCUGCGGUAUGAGUUCGACACAAAUUACCCAGUAUGUGUAUAAAUGGCCAAGAUUAUUCAUGUAUAAACCGACGCAGAUGAGAGAAUAUGUGAAGAGGGUUGAUGAGAUGGGCAUUGACAGGAAGUCUAAGAUGUUUGUUCCUGGGAUUCAGGCUAUUCGUUCGAUGUCUAUAGAGAAUUGGGAAUUGAAAUUGGAGAUCUUUAAGAGUUUGGGAUUUUCCGAAGAUGACAUUCUUUCCGUUUUUAGGAGGGCGCCUUUGGUGUUCUCUCUGUCAGAGAGGAAAAUUAAUGAGAAAACUCGGCUUUUGCUUAGCACGGGCAAAUGUGAUAUCUCAUAUGUUGUUAAUUACCCAACCUUACUUACUUACAUUGUUGAGAAUAGGCUCAAGCCACGGCUAAGAGUUAUGGAUGUUUUGGAAAGCAGGAAUUUGCUUCUUCAAAAGCUGAGUUUGGUAACUGUAUGCAAGAUGCCUGAUAAGAAGUUCUUUGAGAAAUAUGUAGUCCCUCAUUCAAAUGAAGUCGGCGAAUUAUUUGUGGCACGUUGA